GGCCCCUCUGUCUGGUGCUGAACUAGUUUGUUGAAGCAGCUCGGGCGGGCGGUUCUGUGACGGAUUGGCUUUCGGCUGGAGUCGGAGGAGCUGGAUCCUCGCGUGUCCGUUUUUAUGGACGAUAAUCGGCGGUGACUCCUCGCUGAGAAUGAAUGCAGCGUUCCCGCUGUAAUCUCCGUCACUGACGACCCUUUUUUCCUCGUUUUUCCCGUCGGUUUCUGUCUGGAUUGGCAGCGCUGGGAGUGCGGAGAGGCGCAGGGAGAGAGCGCGAGGGAGUUUUCUGGCCACUUGAAUGGAGGGUACGCCGGCAAAGCGCCCCGGAUUAGCUCGGUUUGGAGACAGAGCGCGAGCUGGGGGUCUAAUCUGGGAGCUCCGGGGUUGGUGGGCGUGAAGGAAAGGGCACAAUCUCGCCGUUUCGCUGCAGGAGGAUGGCGCUCUUCUUCGCGGAGACCGCUUAGGAUCCUCCCCAAACAUCGCGCGUAUUCACCAAACUCAAACUCCCUGGAUUUCUCCGCCAGACGUUUUGGAAUUUUUCUCCUAUUUAUUUAUUUAUUUAUUUUUGUUGUUGUUGCGCCAAAGAAGAAGCCGUGGUGUUUGUGUGUGUGUGUGUGCGCGCGUGUGUGUGCGUGUGUGUGUGUGUUUGUGCGUGUGCGGUGAUGGAUAAGGGCUCUGAAGGUUUGGAUGCUGUCCCACCGUCUAGCCCUGCAUCAGAUGGGGCAGAGAAAAGCAGCAGGAUGGGAGAAAACGACAUGUGAGGAGAUUCAGACCCCCUAACUCCCCCCCUCAUCGGAGGCUGCCAUUCCUUCAUCGAGGUGUCUGAUCCUGAUUUACAAUGGAAAAACUGCUUGUCUGCCUGUUGGUUAUUGGAAUGGCAGUGAAGGCCCAGAUCUGUCCCAAGCGCUGCGUCUGUCAAAUACUAUCCCCGAACCUUGCAACGCUCUGUGCAAAAAAAGGGCUGCUGUUCGUCCCACCCAACAUCGACCGGCACACGGUGGAGCUGAGGCUUGCUGACAACUUUGUCACCAGUGUAAAACGGAAAGACUUUGCCAACAUGACCAGGCUGGUGGACCUCACCUUGUCAAGGAAUACAAUAAGCUACAUCACGCCAUAUGCAUUCGCAGACCUGGAGAACCUUCGGGCCUUGCAUCUCAACCACAACCGGCUCACUCGGAUAGGCAACGACACCUUCAGUGGCAUGUCCAAGCUGCAUCACUUGAUCCUCAACAACAACCAACUUACCCUCAUCCACUUGGGAGCUUUCAAUGACCUUCUGGCACUGGAGGAACUUGACCUUUCUUACAACAACCUGGAGACUAUACCCUGGGAGGCCAUCCAGAAGAUGAUCAGCUUGCACACCCUCAGCUUGGACCACAACAUGAUCGAUUACAUUCCUGAAGGUACAUUUUCCCUCUUGCAAAAGCUCAACCGACUCGACGUGACCUCCAACAAGCUCCAGAAGCUCCCGCCAGACCCACUGUUCCAGCGAGCCCAGGUGCUAGCAACUUCCGGAGUGCUAAACCCUUCCUCGUUUGCCCUGAGUUUCGGAGGAAACCCCUUACACUGCAACUGCGAGCUUCUGUGGCUUCGGCGCUUGAGUCGGGAAGAUGACUUGGAGACCUGCGCAACUCCCUCCCAUCUCACGGGACGCUAUUUCUGGUCCAUUCCAGAGGAGGAGUUCCUCUGUGAACCUCCGCUAAUCACUCGCUACUCUCAUGAGAUGAGGGUCCUUGAGGGUCAGAGAGUGACACUGAGGUGCAAAGCAAGGGGUGAUCCCGAACCUGCUAUUCAUUGGAUAUCGCCAGAAGGGAAGCUAGUGUCAAACUCCUCGCGUACCAUAGUCUACAACAACGGGACUUUGGACAUCCUCAUUAGCACAGUAAAAGAUUCUGGAUCGUUCACUUGCAUCUCUUCCAAUCCGGCCGGAGAAGCCCACCAAACCGUGGAGCUUCUGAUCAUCAAACUUCCUCACAUCAGCAACAGCACCAAUAACAUCCAGGAGCCAGACCCGGGAUCGUCCGAUAUAUCAACCUCCACCAGGGCUGGAGCCAAUGGAAGCAACCACACAGCGGACUCCAAGACUAGCCCAGACAAACGGGUGGUUAUAGCGGAAGCCACUUCUUCCACUGCGCUUAUCAAAUUCAACUUCCAGAGGAAUAUACCUGGAAUACGCAUGUUUCAGAUCCAGUACAAUGGAACUUAUGAUGACUCCCUUGUUUACAGAAUGAUCCCCCCUACAAGCAAAAACUUCCUGGUGAAUAACCUGGCGGCCGGGACCCAGUACGACCUGUGUGUUUUGGCCAUCUACGACGACGGCAUCACGUCCCUGACCGCCACGCGAGUGGUGGGCUGCAUCCAGUUCACCACUGAGUCAGAAUAUUUGCGGUGCCACUUCAUGCAGUCCCAGUUUCUGGGCGGCACCAUGAUCAUCAUCAUCGGCGGCAUCAUUGUGGCGUCCGUCCUCGUCUUCAUUAUCAUCCUCAUGAUCCGAUACAAGGUGUGCAACAGCGGCGAACGCGGCAAAGGGUCCGGCGUCACCAGCAUGCACUCGCAGACCAACGGGGCUCAAUCGCAGGGCUGCAGCAUAACCCCUUCUGCGUCCAAAGAGGGCGCCCUGGGGUCAGACGGGGACGAAAAGGGCGGCCAGAAGGUUUCAGCACCCCCUCCGGACUCCUUAACCCACUCCUCGGAAACCUCCAUCCCAGACUGUUCCACGUCCACGUCCGUGGUGAGCCCGAGUUGGACCACUCAAGGCUCGUCCGGGUCUUUGAAGCCAAAACGCAAACCAGCGCCAAAGCCAGUGGAGGCCAAGGUGGACGCUCUGACCAAUCCUGAGACUCAAAACACCAACCGAAACAACUCAACCGCACUCCAGCAGCCGCUAAUCCCGGCCCCGAUGCUCCCGUCCCGCUUUAAAGACACCCCAAUCCUGAGGAGGGCGCAUCCCAGACCCUCCGUAACCAAGUACAUGACACUGCCGGUAGAAGGAGUGCGCGCGAAGCGGAGGUACUCCCUAAACGAGGACCUGUCCAAGCACCAUUGCUUCAGCGGUGCGCAGAAGUUCGGGAACAUGUGGUCCAAGCGGAGUCUAUCCAUGAACGGAAUGCUAGUCCAAAUGGAGAACACGGAUAUAGACGUUCUCUGAAAGCGCGUGGAUGAGCAGGAUGUCGCUUCGAGGGGAUUUCCUCCCGGCCCUCCGCUGACAGCCACCUCCACCUCCAUAGCAGCCGCAUCCACACAGAAACCCACGGUACUCCACUCUCGGAGCGUUUUGCCGCGAGAAACGCAUCGGUGCCUUCCUAUGUUGUCCCGCCAGGAGCACCAACUGGAAACGAGCUUUGGCCGAUAGGGAAUGUGAGCAAGACUGAGAGCAAAACAGAGAUAUUUCACAAAAAAGCCUUUCUAUUCAAGGGAAUAACGUUUUCCUGCAUUACUACAGAGACGCUCAAAAAACGACUAUUAGAGACUUGAAAAAAAUGAUAAAAAGACUUGGACCUGUUAUUAAAUUGAUAUUUUUUAAAGAAAAAAAAAACGUUUUUCUUUUCGGUGACAUUGAUAUUGCCUUUAUUUGAAGGCCCUGAAAAAAAAUCCAUGUACAGAAAGACAACAUCUACUGUGUUGUUAUGUUGUGUAAAAUAAAAAAAAGAAAUAAGAAUAUGUG